UCGGGUUUCUAGAGAAGCCAAUCAACAUCGCCGCGGUCCUGGUUCUAAAAUCCCCAUUCACCCUCCCCAGGUGCCUAGGAUGGCGGUGCUGGCGCCCCGGACUCUCCUCCUGCUGCUCUUGGGGGCCCUGGCCCAGAACAAAACCUGGGCGGGCUCCCACUUCAUGAGGUAUUUCCACAUCGCUGUGUCCCGGCCUGGCCGCGGGGAGCCCCGAUACCUAGAAGUCGGCUACGUGGACGACACGCAGUUCGUGCGGUUUGACAGCGACGGCGCGAGACCGAGGAUGGAGCCGCGGGCGCCGUGGGUGGAGCAGGAGGGGCCGGAGUAUUGGGAAGAGGAGACGCAGAGAGCCAAGGAUGUGGCACAGACUUUCCGAGUGAACCUGCAGACCCUGCGCGGCUACUACAACCAGAGCGGGGCCGGGUCUCACACCCUCCAGUUGAUGUACGGCUGCGACCUGGGGCCCGACCGGAGCCUCCUCCGCGGGUAUCUCCAGUUCGCCUACGACGCCAAGGAUUACAUCUCCCUGAACCAUGACCUACGCUUCUGGACCGCCGCGGACACAGCGGCUCAGAUCACGCAGCGCAAGUGGGAGGCGGCCAAUGUGGCGGAGCAGUGGAGAGCCUACAUGGAGGGCGAGUGCCUGGAGUGGCUCCGCAGACACCUGAAGAACGGGAAGGAGAUGCUGCAGCGCGCGGAUCCCCCAAAGACACACGUGACCCACCACCCCAUCUCUGACCAUGAGGCCACCCUGAGGUGCUGGGCCCUGGGCUUCUACCCUGCGGAGAUCACACUGACCUGGCAGCGGGAUGGGGAGGACCAGACCCAGGAUAUGGAGCUUGUGGAGACCAGGCCAGCAGGGGAUGGAAACUUCCAGAAGUGGGCAGCUGUGGUGGUGCCUUCUGGAGAAGAGCAGAGAUACACUUGCCAUGUGCAGCACGAGGGGCUGCCUGAGCCCCUGACCCUGAGAUGGGAGCCGUCUUCCCAGCUCACCGUUUCCAUCGUGGGUAUCGUUGCUGGCCUGGCUGUCCUAGGAGCCGUGGUCUUUGGAGCAGUGGUCACUGCUGUGAUGUGGAGGAAGAAGAGCUCAGGUGGAGAAAGAGGGAGCUACUCUCAGGCUUCAUGCAGCGACAGUGUCCAGGGCUCUGAUGUGUCUCUCAUGGCUUGUAAAGGGGAGACCCUGGGAGGCCCAAAGUGGGUGGGGAGUGGGGCAGAAGGGACAGGACUAGCCUGAGACAGCUGCUUGUGUGGGACUGAGAUGCAGGAUUUCUUCACGCCUCCCCUGUGUGACUUCAGGAGCCUCUGGCAUCUCUUUCUGCAAAGGUCUCUGAAUGUGUCUGCAUCCCUAUUAGCAUAAUGUGAGGAGGUGGAGAGACAGCCCACCCCGGGUCCACUGUGACCCCCGUCCCCACACUGACCUGUGUUCCCUCCCCAGUCAUCUUUCCUGUUCCAAGAGGUAGGGCUGGGUGUCUUCAUUUCUCUCUCAACUUCAUGGUGCCCUGAGCUGCAACCUCUUACUUUCCUACUGAAAAUAAGAAUCUGAAUAUAAAUUUGUUUUCUCAAAUAUUAA